CUCAAUCCAAGCCCCUGUGUUUAUCUGAAGCUGCAUUGCCCCCAGCUGCUCGUAGCUCAUUGCUCAAUGAUGAGGGCACCCACCAAACAGAACCACCAUUCUGACAUCUCCUCUUGGAGGAUGGAUCUGCAAAGGAAAGAGUGAAGCCAAGAGGCAGCUGUGCCCUGCAGCUCCACUGUGGGACAACUGUGGGUUUGCCCUCAGUGCAGAAAGAUGACUUUCCUCCACGAUGACUGCUACUUCCCCAACAGUUACAGGGGCCUCCACAGCUACCGGGGCUAUGACUACAGCAGCCCCUACAACUACAGGGGCUUUGGUGGCCUCUACGACUUUGGGGACCGCUAUGGCCAUGAUGGUCUGUAUGGUCACUGGGGCUUCUAUGGCUCUAGGGACCACUAUGGCUUUGGAGGUCUGAAUGGUGGCUACAGGGGCCUGUAUGGGGACUGCUAUAGCUACCCUGGCUGGUACAGCAGCCGCUACGGUCACCACUUCGGUUCACGAUACGGUCAACGCUACGGCUACGGGGGUUGGUAAACCCAGCAGCAGUGGUGCUGAUAUGUGAGGAUCAACCCCAGCCUGGAAUGAUGACGAAUCUCGGCGGCGUCUUCCUAAUGCACAGAGCCCAGUGACAGCAGCUUCCCUCUGCGGAGGCACUGAGGCUCUGCUCUGCUGCCCAAGCGCUCAAAAUGAAUGG